AUGGCGCAACCCAACGAGCUACCGACGAUGGAUUCGUUUGUGCAGCAUCAGCUUCAACCCUACUUCAUCUUCUCAGGCCACGGAGAGUGUGGAUUGUGCGGAGUGUGUCAAGAAGGGUUCAACGACUCUCCGCACGGCAUCGUUCGCAUCAGCACCUGCACCCACCUUUUCCACCGGAAUUGUCUCCUUAAAUGGUUCAACAGCACGCACUCCAAGCGUAAUACGUGUCCUGCCUGCCGCAAGCUUCUCUUUCAGCUCAGCAACCUCACACCCGAAGACAUUGAGGCUUUUGCGGAAGAAGCGGCAAGGCAUUUGGAUGCAGUGGGGCAGAUUGAAGAGGAAGAGAUGCGGAAGAUUGAAGAAGAAUAG